GCGGAAGCUCGAACGAGUCGAACAAUCGGUGACUAUAGACAAGUUAUAAUACUUGUGUGGAUUCUCGUUUCUAUAAAAAAAAAAACAAAUAUUAGUAACAAAUAACAUGGCAAAGUACGUCGUAGUGGUCGUCGCUGUAGCGGUUAUUUUCACUUGCCAAGCUUUCCCAGCGAUGGAGAACGACAUCGCUUCAGCAGCAGCAAAUGGACAAUGGGAUAUCGUGCAAAAAAUAUUGGAGGACUCGUAUAGGUCGAAAUAUAGCCUGACACCCCUUUCACAAAUCGAUCUACGUAGCUACCGAGUUAACGACGGUGAAAAAUUCUACGGCGAAUCGGACUCCCAAUUCCACUACUCCUCAAAUGUUAACGGGAAAAUAAACCAAAGGAGUGGAGGACACCGCAUCAUCAACGACAAUGGACAAGUGUCUGAAUACGAUUACAAACCCUCAUCACCAAGUUAUCAGAACAUCCAACAGUUUUAAAGAAAUUGAAAACUUUGUCAUGCGCUAAUUUCAGAGAAACAUAACAAAUCUUCUUUAUAUAAAGAUAAUUUAAAAAAAUAUUUCACCACGUGUAUUAAAAGUGUGUACGUAAUAAUACACAGUAAAAAAAUACUUAAACUUUUUUGAGUAAGAUUUUUUGUCUUUGGUGUCCGUUUCUCUGGAUCAGUGCCCAUUCGGUAAUUUGAGAAUAUUUAUCAUGUAUAUAAUUUACAUGUAGCAUACAUAGUAACUUAGUUCUUUAUAGUUUCGUUAUAAACUUAAUCCUAUUUAUUUGUCCGACGAUACGAUAACAACAUGAUAUAUUCUCAUAUUAUCAAAAACAUAUCACUUGAAAAAUAUCGAAAGAGAAUAUUAGAAUGAAUUGCUAGUAGAAUAAUCGAUCAUUGUACUUUAAAAGUUUCAUUGAUUCCAAGUGGACGUUUUAACAGUUAUGCCAAGUGCCAUACGAUCUAGGGCGGAAAAGAUAGGGCCCUUAUUUAAAAUUGGUUUGCCUACGAAUAGUUUACAAAGCAACAGUAAUACUUUGCGAAUUUGCUCUAAAAUGUUACGCAGGCGUCACUACGAAAAAGUUUGUUCAUGUACUUUGAUCGAUUUGUUAAGAAAUAAAACCUGUGAUCACUGUUAAUUGUUACUUUAAUUAAUAAAUCGCUUCACUGUUUCUUUUUU